AUGGAGCAUGCUUUACCUACUACCCGGAACUCGUCCGACGGAUGGCCUCGGCAAUCUGGUCGCAUCCGUGUGACGCGUGCCUGCGAUCGCUGCAAGAAGAGAAAGGUUCGGUGUAAUGGCCAACAGCCAUGCCGUGUAUGCACCGAGGCAUCUGUCACUUGCUCCUACAACGCUUCCUACUCUAGAGGGCGACGACCAGCUGUUCGAUUGACCCGCUCGAGGCCUCUGGCUCAACUAACCGCGUCUCCGCUAAAUCCACAGGGUAGAGAUCAAACGGCAAGUCAUCCCGGAAAUCCAGACAUCCUUGAAGAAUCACCGGGCGUUGUGUCCCAGCAGAGCGCAUCGAUGCCGCUGGGCGAGCCUGUCUCUCGCGCUUCUCCUGAGCCAGCGCAGACCGAUCUGCAUGGCCACUACGUAGGCCCCUCCUCCGGUAUCUCAUUCCUCUCUAGAGUUCAAAAGCGACUCGAACAAUCUGUAUCUUUUCCUCGAAGCUUAUCUGUCUUCAACUUUGGCGACGCACCGUUGCCUUACCGUCAUACUGAUUGCGGUGCUGGGGACCCUUCAUCAUCGUAUCUUGACCCGACAUUCUGUUUGCUGCUGAACCGAGAUGACACUACUCGUCUGGUUCAUAGAUACUUUGACUUUGCAGUUCCCGUAGAUCGAUUUGUGCACCGACCCACAAUCGAGCAAUGGGUGGACGAAUUCUACGAGACCCGAGGUGUAAUGCGCGAUAAAGAUGCUGCACCUGCACAGAUAGCUGUGAUUUUCAUGAUCUUUGCUAUCGCACAGGAACAUACAAGCCCGAAAUUGUCCGCAGUAGAAGCUGACACGAGUGUUCGAUACUUCCGGGCAGCGAACCAGCAACUGGCCAAAGAGCAGGGUCCCGUGCGACUCGCAAGUGUCCAAGCUCGCCUUUGUCAAUGUCUGUGGCUUCUGUCACAGUCACGCAUCAACCACUGCUGGAGUCUUUUUGGCACUGUCGCUCGGUUGAUUUUUGCCCUCGGUCUGCAUCGCAAUCGACAUGCCAGUUCCAGCUCCAUGACUCGGCUCGAAAUUGAGUGCCGUCGGCGGACUUUUUGGAGUGCCUAUUGUCUCGACAACUACAUAAGCACGGCGCUUGGGAGGCCGAGGACGUUUAAUGACAAGGACAUUGACCAGGAGCUCCCUUCUUAUGUGGAGGAUGAAGAGGUCCAGGACAGAAUGGACGUAACUGCUCCGUGUGGGGGCCAAGGGCUGUCGACCAUGUUUGGCCCGGUUAGCUACGCAAAAUUAUCUCGGAUAUUGAGUGGUGUCUUGAGCGACAUCUACGCUAUUCAACCUAUGUCUAUCACCGAACGAUUGUCUCACACAACAAAGUAUAUGAGUGAGUUGAAGUCAUGGCGCAGAGACAUGGCCGGUUUCCUCGACCAACCUAGUUCAAACGCUGCCCCAUUAGUCCUAAUCUACCAGCGACAGAGGAACGUUCUUAAUCUUGCCUACUGGCAUACGGUGAUUCUAACUAACCGUCCGCUUUUGCUUACAAAUUUCGCGCGGUUGACGAACAACACACGGAGAUUGCCGCGGGAGCAGAAUGAACGAAGGGGACAUAUUGAUGGAAGCAUCACUGAGUGUCUCCGUGCUGCAAUGGAGAUUGUUACUGUCGUGGACACGAUGAUCCAAGCCAAGCAACUUUUCCGGUCUUUCUGGUUCACUCCUUACUUUGCCUUCUCCGCUUCUGUGAUCUUGUACGUCUACACUAUACAACACAGCAAGGAGCCAGGCGACGUAUACCGGUCGUUCUUCGCAGCUGCAGAGCGCUGCAAGCAGCAGAUUAUGGACAUUGCGGAAGAGGGAUCGUUGACUUAUAGGUAUUGUCUGGUUUUAGAAGAGCUGCAUGCAGAGGCUGUGCGGCAAAUGACCCCAGUCCAGCCUUCUGUUGGACAACCAACGCAAACCCACUAUGCAAUGGAGAUGGGGAGUGAGGGUAUAGAGGCCCUUACUUCGAAUGUCGGGGAUUUGACUACGGAAUUUGCUAUGGGAGCGGCAAACAUGGUAGGCAUGGACCCGCUGGAUGAUUUUCAUGUCAGUCCCAGUGCUUCUUUGGAAGAUCUGACCGGAUGGGAUCAAUUUGAGUCGAUGGGAAAAGUGUAUGCUGUUACAGGCGGUGCGAGUGGCAUCGGCUUUGCAACAGCCAAACUCAUCUCGGAACGCGGGGGAACAGUCUGUAUAGCCGACGUUAGCGCAGAUGGCCUCCGCAAAGUUGAAUUAUAUUUCUCUUCCAAAACUCCCUCUGUUGAGUUCAUGAUCACACAAGUCGAUGUUUCGAACAAGCAACAGGUUGCAAAUUGGAUUGCCGACAUCAAGGCGAAAUACCAUCGGCUUGAUGGAGCAGCCAACAUUGCCGGCGUCAUCGGAAAAGACCAUGGGAUCAAAUCUGUGGCAGAGCUGGAUGAUGAUGAAUGGAGCAAAAUAAUCAGUGUGAACUUGACAGGAACGAUGUAUUGCCUCCGGGCAGAGCUCAACCACAUUGUGGAUGGAGGCUCAAUCGUCAACAUGGCGUCCAUCCAUGCUACCACCGGCGUGGCAAACCACGGUGCGUACGCAGCGAGUAAACAUGGCGUUUUGGGCCUUACUCGAGUUGCUGCAAAGGAGAAUGGCCACAGGGAAGUCCGGGUUAACGCCGUUGCCCCAGGACCUAUCUACACUCCAAUGAUGCAAGGGUUUUGGGACCGAGUCGAACGGCCAUCUGAUGCGCCCUUUGAUGAUCCUAUCGCUUUUAAACGGCAAGGGGCCCCUGAGGAGGUGGCAACUGUGGUUGUAUUCUUGCUGGGGCCGGAAAGCUCUUUUGUGAGCGGAAGUUGUUACCCAGUUGAUGGAGCUUGGGUGUGA